AUGCAGCGCUGGUUCGCGGCUGGCAACAGUGCCGACGAUGUGUUCAAGCUGCUCAAGCUGGACAAAGCAGGAGACGACCUGUUCGCGAGUCCGCUGCUCAACAAUUUGAACACGUACCUGCAGAUCUUCAACAGGAACAAUCCUGCGGAAAAGACGACAUUGUACAAGACGCUAGCAGCUCACUACGGCGACGACGGUCUGGCUCGGAUUAUUCUAGCGACCAAGAAGACGGGAGGCACAUCGGAAAUCCUUAAUAGAGUCGAGGCGACGCAGCUCCAGAUAUGGCUCGGUGGAGGUAACUUGGGGCAUCGCCACGAAUCUGGAGGCUGCACGCACCCGGCACUGGCUGAGCAUGGAGACGUCUCCAGAGACCGUCUUCACGCGGCUGAACCUUGGCAAGGCCCGCUCUUUACGAUAUUCACCAAGUUCACGGAUGCGUACCACGCCAAGAACCCGAGAAAGCCGAUGACGACAGGCUGGAUCGUACGCGCGCACUACGAUGACGUCGAUGUCGUCAAGAUGAUCCUGGCGGCGGAAAAGAGCCCGAGCUCUGUGAACGCUGCUCUACGUAUGGAGGGCGCACUGUUGAAGGACUGGAUGGCUGCCUCUAGAGCCCCCGACCACGUUUUCGAAGCGCUAAAACUCAAUCGCGUAGGGCUGAAAAAGCUGUUGAAGGACCCUUUGUUCCUCUGCUGGAUGAAGUUCAUGGACAACUUCAACAAGGCCUUCCCUGGUAAGAUUGUUGAACGGACGAUGUUGGCCACAACCCACAAGGAUCAAGACCUAUGGAGAGCGGUUCAAGCCGCCAAGAAGAGCCCCAAGACCAGGGAAUUCGGGACCAAGUUGGAGACGGAGGUGCUCAAGCAGUUCAUCUUCGCUGAGAAGCAGCCGAUGCACGUGGCCAAGCUGAUGAAUGUGAAAGAGAAGACCGAUGCCAACUGGAAGCUUUGGAAGUUGUGA